AUGGACGAAAUAUAUGAUGUUUGUGUUCUUGGAACAGGCUUGAAGGAGAGUAUCUUAAGCGGCUUGCUCUCACAAAGCGGCAAGAAGGUACUUGUAAUGGAUCGUAACCCCUACUACGGAGGAGAGUCAGCUUCGUUAAACCUAACGAACCUGUACAAAUACUUCAAAAGAGAAUCUACGCCUCCCGAAUCAUUUGGAGUUAAUCGAGAUUGGAAUGUUGAUCUAAUACCCAAAUUCGUUCUGGCAGGAGGGAAGCUAGUAAAAAUUCUUAGAGCCACCGAAACAUCCCAGUACCUGGAAUGGCAAGUUUUGGAUGGAAGCUACGUGUAUCAGCACCAGAAGGGGAACUUUUUGUACAGCGAGAAGUUCAUUCACAAGGUCCCAGCAUCUGACAAAGAAGCUCUUUCAUCACCAUUGAUGGGUUUUCUCGAAAAAAACAGAUGCCAUAACUUUUAUAAAUUUGUUUUUAACUUUAAUGAAAGGGACAAAAGUACGUGGAAGAAUCAUAAUCCGUUCCUGGAGUCCAUAACUGCGUAUUACAAACAUUAUGGACUGGAAGAAAACACGAUAGACUUUUUGGGCCACGCAGUAGCACUUUACACUAACGACGACUACCUAAAACUGCCUGCCUGUGAGCCAAUAAAAAAGAUGAAACUUUAUAUGGAGUCACUAAUGAGAUUUGGAUCAUCACCAUUCAUAUACCCCGUAUAUGGUCUGGGAGGGAUUCCUGAGGCAUUUUCCCGAAAAUGCGCAAUUCAUAGAGGAACAUUUAUGUUAAACAAGCCAGUUAAGGAGUUUAAGUUUGAUGAAGAUGGAAAAGUCUGUGGAGUAGUGACAGCGGAAGGGGAACUUGCAAGAUGUUCAAUGGUAGUAUGUGAUCCAACAUACUGUCUGGAACUGGCACCAGAAAAGGUUAAAAGCACAGGAAAAGUAAUAAGAUGCAUCUGCAUAUUAAGUAAUCCGAUUCCAGAGACAAAUAAUGCAUCUUCAUGUCAAAUUAUAAUACCUCAGAAACAACUUAACCGUAAACACGACGUGUAUGUAACUCUGGUUUCAUACUCGCACGGGGUCACGAGUAAAGGAAAAUUCGUAUGUAUCAUAUCAACAACAGUUGAAACAAAUGAUCCCGUCUCAGAAAUAACCCCAGCGUUGGGAUUGAUUGGGAAGGUGGAAGAACACUUCAUCAACAUCUCAGACAUAUACGUACCAACCUCGAAAGAGUGUAAAGACAAUAUCUUUGUAACUGAGUCCUAUGAUGCCACCUCGCAUUUCGAGUCCGCAUCCAACGAUGUGCUUAAACUAUGGAGAGAAAUGACGGGCAGUGAAUAUGAUCUGUCGAAGGUGGACGUAAGAUUAGAUCUGAUGUAA